CUCUCUCUAACUCUCAAAUUCUCUCUCUAAGCUCCGGGAGCUAAACCCUUGCUCUCACUUCGAUUCACUCACAAACCCAGCCCCAAAAUCACAUAUUUGGAAUCCCUGAGACUCAAGGAACUCGAAUACAUCAUUGCAUGCAUCAUCGGAGCACCAUUUCAGUGAUCCACCCUUGCAGCCAAGAGUUUCAAGCUUCGAAACUCAAAACCCAGAGUUGGUGACCAACAAUCGACCCACCACCAAUUUUAGAUCAAGAUUCGAGCAUGCCUUAAAAGUAAAGCUUGCAUUCAAGUUUGGCUCUUUGAGUAGGACUUCAGGAUUGAAGACUGAAUUAUUGUAUUUCAGGAUCAUCUGUUCGACAGCAUGAACACAACUACUGCCAUUUUUUAGUCGUUAUCUAAACCACCGCAGUGCCAUAACGGUGGAUACCGCCAUGACAACCCACGAAGCCUCCUCUUCAUCCUCCUCCAAGUCAACACUUUGGAAUUACGACGUGUUCUUGAGCUUCAGUGGUGUAGACACACGCAAUGGUUUCACGGGCCACCUCCACGCGGCAUUAACAGACAGGGGAUACCAGGCUUAUAUUGAUGAGGACAAUCUAGAAAGAGGGGAAGAAAUAAAAGAGGAACUGUUCCGGGCAAUCGAAGAGGCGAGGAUCUCUAUCAUUGUCUUCUCAAAGAGUUAUGCGGACUCUCGUUGGUGUCUUGAUGAGCUGGUGAAGAUCAUGGAGUGCAGAUACAAACUGGGGCGACGUGUUUUGCCAAUAUUCUAUCAUGUUGAUCCUACACAUGUUAGGAAGCAGAACGGAGAUUUAGCUCAAGCAUUUCAGAAGCACGAAGAGGGCAUCCGUGAAGAAAAAGAUGACAAGGAACGUGAAACUAAACAAGAAAGGGUAAAGCAAUGGAGAAAGGCUCUUACAGAAGCAGCAAAUUUGUCUGGCCAACAUCUCCAAAUCACUGACAAUGCGCCCGAAGCAAAGCUUAUUAGAGAAAUUGUUGGCAAGAUCAUUCCGGAAUGGCUUCCAAGCGCAAACGAAUUAAAUGUGGCCAAGCACCCGGUUGGAAUCAAUUCUCGCAUUCAAGAUAUUAUCAAUCAUCUUUCAAGUGGUGGAUCAAAUGACGUUGUCAUGGUUGGAAUUUGGGGGAUGGGUGGAUUGGGUAAAACAACAGCUGCCAAAGCCAUUUAUAACCAAAUUCAUCAUAAGUUCCAAUUCAAAAGUUUCCUUGCCAACGUUAGUGAAUAUGAUCUGGUUGAUUUGCAAGGAAAACUUGUUUCUGACAUCUUGAAACAGACUGAGUCUAAGAUAACCAGUGUUGAUCGAGGUAUGAGUCUGAUAAAAAAUCAUCUCCAACGUAGAAGCGUACUUGUCAUUAUUGACAAUGUAGACAAAGUGGAACAACUAAAUGCAAUAGCUGGAAAUCGUGAUUGGUUUGGCCCAGGAAGUAGAAUUAUCAUAACGACACGAGAUGAACGUUUACUAAAGCAAGUGAACAUGACAGUGGACAAGACAUAUCCGCUUAAGGAAAUGAUUGAAGAAGAAGCUCUGAAGCUCUUUAGUUGGCAUGCCUUUGGAAAUAGUUGGCCUAAUGAAGGAUAUCUUGAACUCUCAAAAGAGGUUGUUUCUUACUGUGGUGGUUUGCCACUAGCCCUUGAAGUUUUAGGUUCUUCUAUGAUUGAAAGAACCCCAACAGAGUGGAAAAGUCAGUUGGAGAAAUUGAAAAAAAUUCCUGAUGAGGGAAUAAUGAAAGCGCUAAGAGUAAGCUUUGAAAGGCUAGAUCCUACACAGAAGGAUAUAUUCCUUGACAUAUCUUGUUUCUUUAUUGGAUGGGAUAAGGACCAUGUCGCAAAAAUAUUAGAUGGGUGUAAAUUUUAUGCAACAGCAGGAAUUUGUGAUCUCCGUGAACGAUGCCUUAUAACUGUUGAAGACAACAAGUUGAAUAUGCAUGAUUUGCUUCGAGAAAUGGCCAAAGUAAUCAUAUCUGGAAAUUCCCGUCGUCCCCCUGGAGAAUGGAGCAGGUUGUGGAUCCCUGGAGAUGUCUAUGAUGUACUAACAAAUAAAUCUGGAACCAAAGAAGUUGAAGGACUUGUUGUAGGUUUCCCUGAUCUUCUGUCUCCAAGUAUCAGUACAGAAGCAUUUGCCGAUACGUGGCAACUGAUACUGUUCCAGCGCAUUAAAGUGCAGCUCCAUGGAGAAUUCCCUUUAAAGUCUAGUUGUAUCAGUACAGAAGCAUUUGCUAAUAUGAAGAAACUGAGACUGCUCAUGCUCAAGAACGUGCAGCUCAAUGGAGAAUACAAACAUCUCCCCAAAGAGUUAAUAUGGUUGUGUUGGGAAGGAUGCCCUUUAAAGUCCAUACCAGAUGACUUCUUUGAUCAACCAAGAGCACUAGUUAUUUUAGAGAUAACGCACAGCAGACUGGUACAAGUUUGGGAGGGCUCCAAGUCGCUUGGAAACUUGAAAAUCCUUAAUCUCAGUUAUUGCCUUGACUUAAAAAAAUCACCAGACUUUUCAAAUCUCCUAAAUCUUGAAGAGUUGAUAUUGGAAUGGUGUAACAGUUUGUCCGAGAUUCACCCCUCCAUUUGUCAUCUUAAAAAACUUUCUUUGGUGAACCUCACAGGCUGCCAGAAUCUUAUUUCUCUUCCUGGGGAUUUCUACAAGUCCAAAUCCGUUCAGACUCUUGUUCUUAAUGGAUGUCAGCAAUUCAGUGAACUGCCCGAGGAUUUAGGGAAGAUGACAUCAUUGAGAGUACUUAUAGCAUCUUCCACAGCCAUAAGACAAGUACCCUGUUCCAUAGUAAGAUUGAAGAAUCUCACUCAUUUAUCUCUAGCGUCUGUGGAAUCGAAGUUUACUUUGCAGUUUCCCAAUUCGUUAGACGGAAAUUUAGAUCUCUCAAAACAUUAUUUUCAUACCCUACCCAGCCUAUGUGGUCUUUCAAAACUUGAAAAUUUGCAGUUAAGUAACUGCUGUAACCUUCAUACCCUACCCGGCCUGAGUGGUCUUUCACAACUUAAAACUCUGGAGUUAAAUCACUGCAGUAACUUAUACACCUUACCCAGCCUCAAUGGUCUUUCAAAUCUUAAAACUCUGGGGUUAAGUCAUUGCAGUAACUUACACACCCUACCCAGCCUCAAUGGUCUUUCAAAGCUUAAAACUCUGGGGUUAAGUCGCUGCAGUAACUUACACUCCCUACCCAGCCUCAAUGGUCUUUCAAAGCUUAAAACUCUGGAGUUAAGUCACUGCAGUAACUUACACACCCUACCCAGCCUCAAUGGUCUUUCAAAGCUUAAAACUUUGGAGUUAAGUCACUGCAGUAACUUACACAUCCUACCCAGCCUCAAUGGUCUUUCAAAUCUUAAAAUUCUGGGGUUAAGUCAAUGCAGUAACUUACACACCCUACCCAGCCUCAAUGGUCUUUCAAAUCUUAAAACUCUGUGGUUAAGUCACUGCAGUAACUUACACACCUUACCCAGCCUCAAUGGUCUUUCAAAGCUUAAAACCCUGGAGUUAAGUCACUGCAGUAACUUACACACCCUACCCAGCCUUAAUGGUCUUUCAAAUCUUGAAACUCUGGAGUUAAGUCACUGCAGUAACUUACACACCCUACCCAGCCUCAAUGGUCUUUCAAAGCUUGAAGGUAUGGAGUUAAGUCACUGCAGUAACUUACACACCCUACCCAGCCUCAAUGGUCUUUCAAAUCUUAAAACUCUGGGGUUAAGUCAAUGCAGUAACUUACACACCCUACCCAGCCUUAAUUGUCUUUCAAAUCUUAAAACUCUAUGGUUAAGUCACUGCAGUAACUUACACACCCUACCUAGCCUCAAUGGUCUUUCAAAUCUUAAAACCCUGGAGUUAAGUCACUGCAGUAACUUACACAUCCUACCCAGCCUCAAUGGUCUUUCAAAUCUUAAAACUCUAGGGUUAAGUCACUGCAGUAACUUACACAUCCUACCCAGCCUCAAUGAUCUUUCAAAUCUUAAAACUCUGUGGUUAAGUCACUGCAGUAACUUACACACCCUACCCAGCCUCAAUGGUCUUUCAAAUCUUAAAACUAUGUGGUUAAAUCACUGUGGUAACUUACACACCCUUCCCUGCCUCAAUGGUCUUUCAAAUCUUGAAACUCUGGAAUUAAGUCACAGCAGUAACUUACACACCCUACCCAGCCUCAAUGGUCUUUCAAAUCUUAAAACUCUGGAGUUAAGUCACUGCAGUAUCUUACACACCCUACCCAGCCUCAAUGGUCUUUCAAAGCUUGAAGGUAUGUGGUUAAGUUAUUGUUCCCAGCUUCAUACAAUCUAUGAUUUACCAACAAAUUUGAAAUUUCUGGAUGCUUAUGGUUGCUGUUGUUUGGUAAAAAUGCCCAAUUUUUCGAAAAUGUCAAAUAUGAGAGAACUGAAUGUAACUGGUUCACACGCACUCACAGAGAUUCCGGACUUGGAUAAGUCAUUAAACUCCAUGAAAUGGAUUGUAAUGCAAAAGUGCACCAAUCUCACAGCUGAUUUUAGGAGGAAGGUCCUAAAGGGAUGGACUUCUUACGGAUAUGCUGGCAUUUUUCUCGAUGCGAAUUAUGUUCCUGAUUGGUUCGAGUUUGUCAACGAUGGUGAUAAAGUCAGUUUUGAUACCCCCCAAGUGAUGGUCGUAAUUUUGAAGGGUUGACUCUGUUAUGCUUUUAUCACUUAACUUGUCCCUCAAGCCCUUCUAUGAGCUUUAAAUAUUGUCAUCCUCGUGGCAGUAUUGAUAUAAAUAAUACCAAGCGUACUGAGUUGCAAACCUGCAUAGGCAAGGAAGAUUGGGUUAUAAAAAUGCACGAUGGUUUACCUGAAAAAUGUUUUCUUUGGCAGGGACAAAUGUCCAACGAUAAGUUCAAUUUGCAAAGCGGGGAUAAAGUUGAUAUAGCCGUUGGAAUGCCAGAGACAUGCUAUAAUUCUUAUUAUGCAAUAAUUAAGGGAAUAGGGGUUAAUCUAGUAUGGGACAAACCUAUGAAGGAAAAUAUGCACGAUUUUGAUGGUGAUGGUAUGUUUUUGAUCCAGAGGCACAACCAAGGUGGUGAUGCAUCGUCAUCAUCACAUGUUUGAGUCAGAUCACAAUCACUUCGUCAAACGCCUCUUUCAGAUUUCGAUUUCUCAGUUCAAUAAAUGAAGGCAAGUCCAUACUUCAUACUUCUUUCAAAUUUCAAGUUUCCCUGCGUAGCCACCGCGGCAGUUCUUUUUCCCGGUAAUAUAACCGAAACAUCAAGUGUAGUCCGGUCCAGAAGCACAAAAAAAAAAUCCCUCUCUCUACACUGACAGUCACUCUCAAACGGAAGUAAUGGGAAGCUUAUUGCGAGGAGCGACCCAAUUCGAAGGGCAGCGUCCACCCAAUUGGCGUCGCCGUCAUCACCCUCCGUCGCCUGCCGAGCUCUCAACGCCAUGAACCUGGAUAUGGAUGUGAAAUACAAGGGCUAUCUGGAUGAAUGGGAAGUGUGUUCUUGUUGAUAGCUGUUCGGCUCAUGCCUUUUGUGGCGGCGGUGAUGUGAAGCAGAUCACGGCCAAAAACCAACCACCGAAUAUGAUUGAGGUCUAAUUGUGUCCUUGUAACCAUAUAUUAUAACCUUACACAGUUUUCUAAAUUCCAGAUAAUGUAUUCACUGCUGAGUAUUCUCUAAUAUGCAAUAUCUCCGAGUACAAGAAGCCCAUAUAAGCUUCAUGGAUGGCAUAACAGUGGGCUUUGGUAUUGGCCUAUCAGGUCACAGUCGCUACCGGAUCAUUACAGAGGCAUUAUUGCCCGAGAAUGGAAUUGGUUUGUUCCCAGAUGGGUUUUCACAUAUAGAGGCAAAGAGUCUGGGAGGAGUAUCUGCAGUUCCCAGGAUCCCCAUCAGGACAUUGAAACAAUUGUGGUGAAAUUCACCAGCUACCCAGAUUCUGAAGCGCAACUCAAGACUCUUUUACCUCAAAUAACUUCAGCAUUUGGUGCAGAUAAGUUGGUUCUUGAGACAAUUGAUGAACUUAAAAAGCAGCAUCAGAGUUCAGAUGCUACUGUGGUGAGUGGGCUAACGAAGCUCUUUAAGGUCUUGGAAAGGGUGCUCUGUUUUCACUUUUUUGACACAAAAUUAUUUCGCUAAAGUUGCAUCCGUGCUUGGGAAAAAUGACAAUCAAUUAUCCAGAUUAACUGGUGUGAUGAAACUGAAUAUCACGUUGCUAUAAGAUCGUCUUUACGGAAUGAUUUUGCUGAAGGUGUACGGCAGUUUUGGUGGACAAGGAUCAGAAUCCGAAGUGGAAUCCGUCAAAGUUAGAGGAGGUGAAUCAGAGUGAAGUGGAAGCUCUCUUCGAGCCAUUGAGCCCGAACAUUAAGGAGUUGAGUAUGUGACUGACCGACUGGCAUGUGAAAACAGAACCAUUGAAACAUAAUUACCAUUGUGGAAAAUUAAGUUAAAUGAAACUACAUGAGAAGAAAGCACUUUCACUUUCACUUGGACGCUUUUAGUGCUUUUGUACUGUGAUGUGGUUAACUAACAUUGUGAUUCUCCUUACAUUAAAUGGCUCAACUACAAAAGCAUGAGGUCUUUUGUGCCUUAAAACUUAUUCAUGAUUAAGUUGAAGACAAUAUCGAUGUUGAUUAUUA